GCCAUGGGCACUUCUUUGCGAGAUCUCGGUAUGAUACAACAGCGGUAUCUAGAAGCGGUUCAUCAAAUGGGCGAAUUUUUUAUUUAUAGGCUCGUGAGGCCAUGGCUGUAUAAUGAUUGGACAUUUUUGUUGACGCCAAAAGGCAGAAAGCAAAGAAAAAUUCUAAAGACAUUACAUGGAUUUACUGAACAAGUUAUUGCUGACAGAAAACUUUAUCAUGAACGUACUAAUGGUCGAUACUUGCUAAGCUUUGUUAAUGAGACAUCAAUAGAAGGAGACAUACAACCGACAGAAAUACGAAGAAAGCGGCUUGCAAUGUUGGAUCUUCUAAUAAAGGCAUCUCGUGAGAGUGCUAUGACUGAUUUAGAUAUCAGAGAGGAAGUCGAUACUUUUAUGUUUGAGGGUCACGAUACUACAGCGACAGCUAUAUGCUUCAUUUUGGCACUAUUAGCCGAGCAUAAAAACAUUCAGAUACCUGUAGAGUGUAGAAAAUUUUCAGAUGUAAGGAUGGUCAACAACAUGACGAAAUCAUUUCUAUAAGAUAUACUUUCAUCUUAAUUAUACAAGAAUAUGAGUGGCCGAGGACAUAGGAUACAAGACUGAAGAGCUGAUGAUCCCAGGUUCGAAUCCAGCAGUGGUAAAACAAAUUUUUCACAUAUGAUAUUUUAAUUAUAAAAUAACA